AUGGAGAAUAUCGAGAAUGCUGGUGAUUUCACUAAUCAUUUGGGAACUGUAUACUCCCUUGAAAACCAACAACUUAGUUGGGACUAUGAUUCCAGUUCUCCCGACGGAGCCGCCUCCUCUUCCGCCUCUAAGAACCUCGUCUCCGAAAGAAACCGGCGGAAGCAGCUUCAGCAACGCCUUUUGUCUCUCAGAUCAGUUGUUCCAAAUAUCACCAAGUUGGACAAAGCUUCCGUAAUCAAGGAUGCCAUCAACUACAUCCAGCAACUGCAGCUGCAGGAACAGCUUGCCAAAACCCAAAUCGAGAUCAUGAAGAUGGAGAACAACAAUAAUCCAGACACGGAGGAGCAGCCGCGUCUGCCUCCGCUACUAGGAUCCCACAACACCGACGUUUUCAAUUCAUCAUCUUCUCCGAUUCAACUUCUUCAACAUACAGUGAUGCCCAUGGGAGACAACACUUUGCUGGUCAGCAUAACGUGCACUAAAAGGACGGGAACCAUUGUUAAACUCUGUCAACUUUUUGAAUCACUCAACCUCAAAAUUAUUACAGCAAACAUCACUGCUCUCCCUGCAGGGACACUGUUGAACACUCUCACUAUUGAGGCUGAUGAAAGGGAGAAAGAAGGAUUAAAGAUGCAGAUCGAAACAGCCAUUGCAGCACUUAUUGAUCCACACAGUCAUAUGAUGAGCUAGCAAUCUAAACAACAUUUUACGUUUGAGUUCAUCUCUGAGU